AUGAUGCUGGCAGGUAUAAUUUUAUCUUCUCUCUUCAUGAUCAAUGGUGGACGUGCUAAGCGUAUAAAAGAAUACGUGCAAGAGAUAGCAGAAAUAUGUCCCAAUGCAAAUUCAGGCAACUUUACGGUUCAGUUUCCAGGACCUCUGAAUUAUUCCAUGAGCAGUAAUCUCAUUAAAUUGCAUGGGAACUUCACCAUUACUGAAACCAUCCAAGAACCACUGGAGUUGAUAAUUCUAAUCGAUCGAUGUGCGUUAGACAUGAAAACAUGUGAGGAGCACAAUAAGCUCACCUUUACGAACCUAUGUCGACAUGUCAACGACGAAAAGGACGUGGUGGCUAAAUUUUUCAAAAACGUGGAUCCAAUUGUACGCUGUCCAAUCAAACCGGGAAUCUACAAGUUCAAAAACGCUGUCUUUGAUCUGUCUUUCACCCUUCCUCUCCCGAUGGAAGGGUACCGCUGGCAGGCCAAGUUGAAGCUCUAUUCGAGGAUCAGACCGAAGAGGGAACUUUUUUGCGUUUCUUCGCUUAGUUCCAUGCAUUGGGUUAACAAACCGUGAAAAGUGUCAGCGGAUUCCUGUCUGUGAUAAAGUUGCGUUGCGGUUACGUUAUAGAAUGAAAUA